CGUCCAACUCGCAUCUACACCUACCUCAGGGCUCUCUGUAGAAUGCGUAGCAGCGGCGGUUCUCAGAGCGCAUAUGGAGUUCUUUUUUACAGAAUGAGGAACCGGGGUUUCACCCGUUCAUGGAUCAAUACCUUCGAUCAUGGUUACAUUCAGAUCAGCUCGUCACACAAAAGAACCGAAUUCCACACCGAAGUGUCCGCAUCAUCUAUCACACCUGACCACGGAUUGUUGCGUACUGUGCCGAUAGGCGGUGGAGAGUUCAUCGAUUUACAGCCUGAUGGGCCUGAUGGGAAUAGCUUUGAUAUGAUGAAGGGUUUGAUAUCGACGAAGAAGGGGUAAUAGGUAGGAACAAUGAGCAUGCAGAACUGUUAUAAUUACACUGGCAUACAAAAG